AAGCAACGGAGGAUCAUUAAGUUCUUAAGCUUCCAUCGGGCAGAUGCAGCUCUUUCUUUCUCGUUUCCUGAAAACAGCAGCAGUAACGUUCUUCAUCCUCGGUCAAUCCUCAUCUUCUGGAGAUACAAUGAAUCAGAACAGCUCACUUAUAUAUGGACAGACCUUAACAUCGACAGGAGACUUGUUUCAACUGAGCUUCUUCAGACUAGAUAAUAAUAAUAGUUCAGCGAAGGGAUACUUGGGAAUCUGGUACUGCAAUCUCACACCGCAAGAAGGCACUGUAGUAUGGAUCGCCAAUCGGAAUAACUCUGUCAACACAUCCAUAGCAUCCUUCAACCUCACUUCCGAUGGAAAUCUAAUCUUAUUUGAGGAGGACAAAAUCGUUUGGUCGACGGGAACAAGAUCCACUGAAUUCAAUUCUGCACGCUUGCAGCUUUUAGAUUCUGGAAACCUCGUUCUGAACGACAGCAACUCGAUUAUAUGGCAGAGCUUCGAUCACCCAAGCGACAGCCAGACGUAUCUCCCUGGCAUGAAGUUCGGAUUUGUCAAACGGACCAACACAUCACGGCGGCAAGUGUCAUGGAAAAACUCCACGGAUCCUUCUCCGACAGACUGCAUCCAUAUGAUUCGUGCUCUACCUAUUCCGGAUUUGGUCAUUGUUAACGGAUCCGCCAAAUACCAUCGCAGCGGCCUAUGGAACGGAUAUGGGUUCGUCGGCUAUCCAUCGAUAGCAAGGAACCAGGUGACCAACCCAGCAAAUUACACGUUUGUGUCCAACGAGAAUGAGAGCUAUUUUAUGGCUAAUUACAGAGCCUCACCGACGCCGGUACUGAUUCGGUCAACGUUGUGGGCCAAUGGAACCAUCCAGCGUUGGUUUCUUGACAGAGGUGGCAACAGAGAGUGGCAGCUUCUGUCGUCGAUUCCGGCGGACGAGUGCGAUAUGUACAAUCUCUGCGGCCGCAACAGAGUGUGCACCAAGAAAUACGUUGCCGUCGAGUGCCAGUGCUUGGACGGGUUCGUAAGUAUUACGGAGAAUGGAAGAGAGGCCGGAUGCGAGAGGGAAAAGCCUUUGAAUUGCUCGUCGAACCAGUUUUCCAAGGUGCAGAACGUGAAGGUGCCCGACACUGAGAACGCUACACCACGAGGAAGCAUGAGUCUCGAUGACUGCAAGAAUUUGUGCUUGGAUAAUUGCUCAUGCGUGGCGUUUGCGAUGAUCAGUGGAUCUUAUGGAUGCAUAACUUGGUCUGGUGAUCUGUUGGAUCUCAGAAGUUUGGUCGAUGAAGGAGAUGAUUUACACGUUCGGCUUGCAGGAGAAUUGGAUCACCCAAGUAAAAACAACACUGGGAGAAGAAUUCUAUUUAUUGUCAUCUCUAUUGCUGCAACACUGUUAUUCCUUUGUGCCUUUUUUAUUUACCGUCAAAGAAAAAAAGCAACAACACAAAGACAGAAACGACAUGCAGAUCAUAAAGAUCAACAUGAAAUAAGAGGUGCAGAAUCUCUAUUGUUUGAUCUGGAGGCUAUUAGGAUAGCUACGGACAACUUCUCUGAUAGAAACAAACUAGGAGAAGGAGGAUUUGGGCCUGUUUAUAAGGGAACACUGGAGAACGGAGAGGAUGUUGCCGUAAAAAGACUUUCAAGCACCUCAGGACAAGGACUGGAUGAAUUAAAAAAUGAAGUGUUUCUGGUAUCCAAACUUCGGCACAAAAACCUUGUGAGGCUGUUGGGUUGUUGCUUGGAAUCAGAGGAGAAACUACUCGUUUACAAUUAUCUUGCUAAUACAAGUCUUGACAAGUUUUUGUUUGAUAAUUCAAAGAGAGAACAGUUGGAUUGGGCAAAAAGGUUUAAGAUCAUUGAGGGCAUCAGUCGAGGACUUCUUUAUCUUCAUGAAGAUUCGCCAGUGAAGAUUAUUCAUCGGGACUUAAAAGCCAGUAACAUAUUGUUAGAUGCAAAUAUGGAUCCUAAAAUUUCAGAUUUUGGUCUUGCGAAGUUUUUUGGUGCAGACGAAACCCAUGGAAACACUAAAAGAAUUGCUGGAACAUUUGGAUAUAUGGCACCGGAAUAUGUCAUUCAUGGACUAUUCUCAGUUAAAUCAGAUGUGUAUAGCUAUGGUGUGUUAGUCUUGGAGAUCUUAAUUGGUCGGAAGAAUAAUGGUUACCAAGGAUCCGAAUAUCCGAUUGAACUUGUUACUCAUGUGGUUUGGUGCCAUUGGAUCCAAGGAAGUGCCUUGCAAGUGGUUGAUCAAUAUCUAGUUGAACAAUGUCAAGCUCAACAAAUAUUAAGGUGCAUACAUAUAGCGUUACUAUGCGUGCAAGAUGAUCCAAUUCAAAGACCCACCAUGGCCAAUGUUGUGCUUAUGCUCAACAAUCACUUUGUCGACCUUCCCUCACCUUUAGCACCAGCAUUUCUCAAUAACUGUAAUAUCACCAUUGAAUCAAAUGGCGUUCUAAGGAGAGAGAAUUCCAGUGGAAGCAAGGGAAUUCUAAUGAAAAUUUCUGAAAAUAGUGUCUCAAUCUCUGUGUUGGACCCCAGAUAAUAGUAAAGUUCACUUCAUGUUUAUAUAUAUAUAUAUAUAGCUGACUCUUGAUUGAAUUGCCAA